GGUUUGGCUUUCACACUCAUUGUACGAAAGCUAGAGGAAGAGAGCACACGUGUAAAUUCUCAAGAAAAACAUGUAGGUCUUGGUGUAUUUAGUUCGGAUUAACUGGAGAUUUAAAGUCCAUAGCCCAUGAUUUAGAAUUGUGUGUAUGGAGUUGUGUGUCGGAGGGUGUCGAUUUCACACACAUUGAAAAAAAAUAUAUAUAUAGGAAGAGCGUAUUAUUGCUACCAUGAGAGGCAGAAAUACAGUUUUGUUGAUCUUGCUAUUUUUGGCAAGUUUCACAAUUGUCUAUAUUCUACGCUCGGGGCCAAAUGUUUUACAACGACUUAACCAGCCUGAAGCGGAUCACCGUGACUUUAGUGUGCAUGCACAUGAGGUUCAUAUAACAAAGCCUCCUUCCAAACUUGACCAGUACCGCCAGGGAUACCCUGACCCUCACAAUGACACAGUGGUUCUACCGUCCAAAGAAGCCAUGCAGAAGAUGGACCAGGGAGCCCUGGGGGAUCUUUAUCACCGAUAUAUUAACAGUCUACAGAUUUUCUGCCGGAAAGUCAUCCGCCUAGGAAAGCUGGAUGAUGGCGGAUGGGACUUUUGUGAUGAUUACAGAUUCCGUCCAAGAAACAACUGUCUAGUCUACUCAUAUGGAAUCCAGUUUGAUUUCAGCUUUGAUGACGCUAUAGUGAAAAAGUAUAAUUGUGAAGUCCAUUCCUUUGAUCCCAGUAUGAAGGUAGGAGACCAUAAACAUGGCCAAAAUGUCUUCUUCCAUGCCACUGGUCUGUCCGGGGACAAUAACCCAUCACGGGGGACCAACUGGAAAAUGAGGACCCUCCAGAAACAGAGGGAGGAGCUGGGCCAUUCCAAGAGACCAAUUGAUGUUCUUAAGAUAGAUAUUGAGGAGUAUGAAUACAUGGCCGUACCAAACAUGCUACAGACUGGAAUUCUAAAGGACAUCAGACAAAUGGCCAUUGAGUUCCACGUAACAUUGAAGGCGGAUAGGAGCAGACGAUACAAAGAGGAACCCCCAAGAGACAAGUACUUCUUUGCCUUGAGUCUCUUCAAGGAUCUGUAUGACAUCGGAUUUCGGAUAUUCUGGACUCAUAGAAAUCCAACUUGUAAAUUUUUCUCAAAAAAGGGAAAUGUUGAAAGGGUAACCUGUCAUGAAGUUUCUUUUGUCAAUAUCAACAAUAUGUAAGGUUUUUCGCCCCUUUUAAUGGGUUCUAUUGCCCAUUUUGGUGAACUAAGUUAGUAUUCAUUCAUAGUUUUUUUUUUUUAAUGAAUGCUAUUAAAGCAAUCAUGUCUGCAAGCUUAACCAUAUUUUGUUAAUAUUGCUUCUUACUAAACAGAAAUGGCUGUUCAUAGUGUGAUUCAUAUUACAUAUAUGAUAUACAUGAAGGAAUAUCAUCAUAAUGUGUCUGUUGGUUUGCAUAUGUUAUAUGUCUGUUGGAGUUUACUUGAUAAAAAUGAACAUUUAUAAUUUUGCAUGUGAAAUCAUUGUGUAUAUACACAGAGAAUCUCAGAGGGAUCAACAUGCAGUUUAUGUGUGCUGUACAUUGUUUGCAAUAAACUUUUUAGAUGUAGAUAUACACAUUUACAUGACUGUAUGGUCUAUAAAACUACAAUGUAGGAUAUUUUUCAAGAUCUAUGGUAAACUUAAUUAUGUAGAACAUUAUUUUAUGUGUAUAUCAAUUUUUUUCAGGAAUUAGGUUGAUUGUAUUAAGCAUAAUUUCUAUGAUCGGGUUAUUGUAUUUCUCAAUGAUUUUUUUUUUUUUUGCAAUUUGAAUUGACAAAAAACUUGAGUUUAGUUUAUCAUAUUCUUGACAUUUUUGGGGUUUUUUUCUAAGCCCAAAUAUGUAUAUAAUGACUGUCUCGUUUUCAAGUUGGUUAAUAACUGUUGCAUGUCUCUCAAAAAUUAAUAAAGAUAAGCAGCAGCAACUUAUUUUAUAUACACUGACCCAGAUUACUCAUGAAAAUUGAAGAAUACUCAAUUUUAUUUAUAUUGUUUUGGAUAUGUAACUUGUUUUUAAUUGAAAUUUUAUUUGUUUGACCAGAACUUUCUGAUAAUUCUAAAGCUAUUUUAAAGUUUUCUGUUACAGAGUUUCUAUAGAUUUACAUUAUGUAUAUUUCUGACAUGUACAAUGUACAUGUAUAUACUUACUGGUAAUUGUAACAUAUUUCCAAAUGCUUGGAAUUCAGUUUAAAUCAUACUAGAAUAAUGUGCAGGGUAAAAAAGUCUUGAUGUUUUAAUUGUAGUUUUUAUAUUCAUAUUUUCACAUACAUAAUUGCUAGCACAUAAAGAUUUAACCAAAUGCCAAAACAGUAUAUAAAAUACAAAAGGGAUAUAUAUUUUGUACUUGUAUUGGAUAAUUUAUUUAAACCAUUUUUGUGGCAAGUUUAGUCAAAAGUAUUCAUUGUAACCUAUUUUUUUUUCUGCAAUUUUUCAAAUUUUAUUUUAUUUCAAAUUUUAUCCUUUUAUCAUUUAAAAGAUAACAUUGGCACAAGUAUUUUACUCAGCAUUUAUGUGUUGUUCCUAAAUGAUUAUAUGAUUUUGAUCAGCGCUACAUUAGCUUAAAAAAAUAUGAGCUGUAUUUUUUAAAAUUUUGUUUUGCUUCAAAUACCUGCUUGUAUGCUAAGUAUGCAUGGAACUUACACUUUUAUUAUAAAUAAGAUUUGAAAAAGUCAUUCAUUUUUGACAGAAAAAAGAUUUCUCUUUUAAGGAAUAUAUAGUGUCAGUUCAAUUUUUGUACAUGACGACAAUAAUUCAAUUUGUUUCAUUGAAGGCUUAAAAUUUCUAAGGGCUUUUCCCAUAUAACUAAGGAACAGAAAUAAAAAAAUCAUGAUACUUUUUGUCAUUUUAGUAAAAAAUAACAUUUUCAUUAAAAAAAUUUUCAGCAUGAAAAUUGCAGCUCAUAUUGCUUUAAGUGCAGAUGAAAUAUUAAUGUAUUUAGUGGAUGGAGCUUACAGCAAUUUUUUUUAAUAGUUUGCUUGUAUACAAGGGUAAUAUUAAGUGAGGCAUAAGGGAUAUUAUGUACAUGUUAUUUUUUUUUUUGGAUGCCUUAUCAUUGCUGUUAUCUGAUUAAAUGCAUGCAAUACAUAUUGGCCAUCUAGGACAAGCUUACUUUGUAUGCAUGAUCAUAUACACUGUACUGGCUUUAUAAGGUCACAUGUAGAAUCAUUUUAUUUGAAUGGUUACCUAUGUGUUCAGAUAGUGGAAAAGUCAAAAUUGUAAGACAAUGGACACAUGUGUUUAUGAAAAAAAAAGGGAUUUGUUUGAAUACGAGAAAAUUUUGCAUAUACAUGUAGUUCUAUAGAACCUUUUCUUUGGAAUAUAUCUCUAUGUAAUCUAUUCCUUUAAUAAGUAUCUCUCAUAUUUGUUAAAGAUUAUGCUUUAUCAUUGAGUACAUCUAUAUUCUUUUAUUCUUAUUUGUAACAUUUACAAUUAAAUAGUGUGUUUAAAUUUCAACUUUGAAUGUUUGAACAAUUAAAAACCUUUUUUUAUCUAGUCAAAGUAUAUUUUGUAUCUUAAUUGUUACGUAUUAAAAUAGAAGAAACCUUUUAUAAAUUUGGUUCUUUGCCGUUAACAUUAUAAAUCAAAAUAUUGUGAUGUGUAACUUUUCCAUUUCCCCCACUCAUGAACCUUGGAAAAAGAUGAAAAGUGUCCCUCACCAAUUUAAAAUAUGCAUGGGAGAAAUAGAGUCAAACAUCCAUUGUCACCUGAUCUAGUAUACAUGUACAUCAACUUAGUUAUCUUGAACUAGAUGGGACUGUUUAAAAACUUCUAGAUAUCCAAGCAUUCGAGAUAUUGAGGGUAAAAUACUUAGAAAAUAAGUAGUUGGGACUUACAAAUCACUUCGACAUAUACAUUGUAUUUGAGAUAUCAGUGUUCAAGAUAUCGAAGUUCAACUGUAUUUGUCUUCUAUAACCAUUCAAUGUGUGCAUACAUGCCUUAUUAGAUACAUGUUUAUGGGAAAAAAAGCUUAAAUGCGUGAUAAAUCAUCGUCACAAACCACUGUGAUAUUUGUGGUAACAAAAGUAAGAAGUUAUUAUAAAAGUUGACUUAUAGUAUGGCUUUUAUAUGUUCAAAGUAUUGAAUCUUAUUUUAAUAAACAAAACUGUAUAUACAUGUGUAUGUUUUAAUUAUAUUGUGUAUAUUCAAACAUAUGGCAUGUUCCUUUCUAUUAGAUUAUGCAAUACUAUAAACAUGCUCAAAGAAUCAGCUUUUCAAAAUAAAAAUAUAUAUUUACAUAUGUACUCAAAAGUGUCUUGGAAAUCAAGAUUUAUUAUUAAAAAUGGCUCAUAUUAUU